AUGGCGUCUUUUGUGCGGUCUGUCCUGCGCCUCUUCAACUCUGGUCGGCGCCCAACAAAGGGACCGGACGAAGAGCAGGCCACAACAACAGCCGAGUCGGUUUUCGGAUCGUCGACGUUGCCGCCGAGUCACAUCCACGUCGCAGGCAACCGCAUCCCUGCCGACGAUGCCCUGGCGCUCUUCCGGCUGACGCUGGGCAUCACGUCGGCGCCCCAUCUGGGCUUCAGCUUGUCCGCCCACCGCCCCGCCGACAACGUCGGUCUCUACGCCCGCGUCGUGCGCAACGAGCAGACGGCAAAGGACAGCUACAAGGUCUUCUCGCUCGUCAUCAACGCGUGCUACUUCCUGCAGAUCAUCGUUGCCGCGUCCCUGACCGCCAUGGGCGCCGCCAGCGCCAACAACAGGGCCAUCACCGCCUUCGGCGCCAUGAACACCGUUAUCGCCGGCUUCCUUACCUACCUCAAGGGCUCUGGCUACCCCGCCCGCUUCAAGUACUGCGCCAACGAGUGGAAGAAGGUCCGGGAGUUCGUCGAGCACCGCGAGCGCGACUUCUCCCUCGAGAGCUGCACGCUCGAUGUCCACGAGGAGAUCGACGCCGUCCGGGAGAUGUACGAAACCACCAAGCACGACGUGGAGAUGAACAACCCCGAGGCCUACAACGCCAAGAGCAGCAGCCCCAAAACGCGUUAUGACGGCGUGGACAAGUCCAAAGCCGACGCCAUCGCCGGCAAGCUGCGGGGGUUGGACGACACCGUCCGGAAGCUGACGGGCCACGCGUCGUCCGCCGCCGGGGGGGCCGAGGAGAAGUCGGGCGAGAUGGCGCUGAAGCUGCGGAGCCUGGAGGACACGCUCGAGAAGAUGACAAAGCAGGCGGGGAAGACGGCCGAGGAAAGCCGCGACGCCGCACACAACGCCGUGCACAGCGCCGUCGGCCAGGCCGUCGAUGACGUGGAGAAGCGGGCCAUGACCGAGAUCCGCGGGCUGGGCAAGGCGGCCAUCAGGGGAGUGGAGGACCACCGGCCGCGCGCACCGCGCGAGGUCUCCAUUAGCAUGGCCCCUCGCGACGGGGAUGACCCGGGCAAUCAGAUCGAGGUUGCGGGUAAGAAAUGA